CGCUCGCGUCGAAACGUGGCGGCGGCGUGCGAGAGAGACGACGCCCAAGCUUCACAACAAGUAGUCGCACCACCCGUCUCCGCGUGUGCAUCAUCGCAGUGGUCGAAUUUUCGUGUCGCAUAUUCUCGGAUUUUUUGUAUCGCAAUAAGUAGCUCGGGUACGAGAAGACGGUUUCAAGAUGACGAUAGUCGACUCUUGCUGGUCGCCAUGUAUCUGGACGAACAACAUAAACACGGCGGCGAAAGCCAUAGCCUUUUACACGGUGGCGAUCUGCAUCGUUUUGAUCACGCUGAUAGCCUAUCAGCUCAACGGCGGGGACUCCACGCAGCUGUACAAUCCGCUGUUCGAGGCUGAUGUCAGAGGCUCAAUGAAAGUUGUCGGAGGAUUCUUCAUUUAUUACUUUUUGCUGAUGAUCGCCUUUGCCUUAACUAUGGUUUAUGGUCUCCGAAGAGGCGUGAGAGGAUUUCUACUCCCAUGGCUUGCAGGCUGGUUCAUUAUUUGUCUGUUUCAAUUAGUAUUUGGACUAUGGCUGGUAGGAGGCUACUAUAUUUAUUUGGAUGCCGUGUUUGCAGCAUUUUGCAACUGGCUGUGGAUGGGCUAUAAUUUUUAUUGUUGGCUUGUUGUGCUGUCCGCCUACAAAGUUUUGUUGCAACUGCAGUCACCUAACAUUGAACUUCUGUGGCCUUAAAGUAACCAUUUGUCUCGACAGUUGUCAAAAGCUGUCAGUGCAAAACAACUUUUUUUAGAAGUAUUAUAUGAUUACAUACAUAGAAAUAGUUCUAUUUCAACAGGAUUUUUAAGAUUAAGACUCUAAAUCAAGUUUGAAAAUGUUUACAUAGAGCUUAUUUAUGAAUUUGUAAAUUAGAUGGGUACGGUGUAAAAACCAAGCAACUUAUGUGUCUUAAAAAGAUAUCAAAACAAAGUACAAUGCUCUGACGAUGACCGAAGACUGAAUAUGGCCUGAAUUUCGUCAGCAGCCAUCCGUCCAAUAUCGGUCUUAAAAUAUCUUUAGUUUGUAGGUUAUAGCAUAGGAAAUUUUUGUAUGAACCUCAGUAGGGUUCACAUUACGUUAUUUGUUAAAAUACAGCUCUUGUCCGUCCAGUUUGAAUGCUUUUGCAUCCAUUAAUCUGCUGUAAUAAUGAUAUUAACGCAUUUUAAGGUCGAAUCUCAUUAAUUAUCUUUCGGAUAUUUUUAGUCGAAUGAAAUGUAAAUACCCAGAACAGGCAAGCUUUAAUAUUAUUGAUUAAUUUUCAAUAAUAUUGAAAUCAAGUUGUAUUGAGAGUAAUUUAUACUACCAUCGCUUUAUAUUAUACCAUAAUUUACUAAUGAUGAAGUAUUUAUAACUUAAAUUAUUGACAAAUUAAUAUAACCUUAGCAAUCACGAGUGGCUACAAAAUUUUUUUAGUAUUUUUAUUAUAUUUUUUAUUCGGAAACUAUUUUGAUUAUUGCUUUUUCACCGUAAAUAGAAUUCAACGUUUAGUAUUUUUUAUUACCAAGAACAUAUAUUUAAGAUUAAAUAAUCAAGUAUGUUUACUAGGUUCCAGGAAAAAUGUGUUCUGUUAUUUAAAAAUCCAAUGCUUCUUAAAAUUUAGUAAUCAUACUUGUACCAUAAAUUGCGUUACCAACAUGAAAUGGAAUGUGCAUAAUUUUUAUAAUUACAAA